AUGAUAAAGUUAAUUAUUAAUUUUAUUACAAUUAUUGUAUUAUUAUGUGCUAUAUCAACUAUUGUUAGCGGUACCGCCGCCACAGGAUCCUAUACAGCUACAUUUAAUCCAACUCAAAAUUGGGGUGUGUGGGAAGGAUUUGGAACAUCGCUUGCUUGGUGGGCUCAAACCUAUGGAAACAACACUGUCCUAGCAGAUAUUAUGUUUACUACACAGAAUGUUACCUAUUUCGAUGGUACAACAGUGCUGCCAGGUCUUGGUUUAAACAUUGUCAGAUAUAAUGCCGGUGCAUCGACUUGGGUGGAGUCGUUCGGUCGCAAAAUGGUACAGUCACCAGAGAUCAAGAGAUCUCGCCAAGUCGAAGGCUACUGGUUGAAUUGGGCAUCGGAAGAUCCGCAAUCCGACAGUUGGAAUUGGGCUGCCGAUCCACUCCAGAGAAAUAUGAUGGCAAUGGCACGCGAUAGAGGUGUACAGUACUUUGAACUGUUUAGUAACAGUCCUAUUUGGUGGAUGACCUACAAUUUGAAUCCAAGUGGAGCGGAUCUGCCGGCAAUGAAUAAUCUUGAGACUUGGAACUACCAGAAUCACACAGUCUACAUGGCGACAAUCGCUCAGUAUGCAGCGGAAAACUGGAAUAUCAGCUUCACAUCGAUCGAUCCAUUCAACGAACCAUCCGGUGAUUUCUGGAUUGCAUUUGGAUCGCAAGAGGGUUGCCAUUUCGAUGUUGAAGCGCAGAAGGACGUCAUUCCAUAUAUGCGUAAAGAGAUUGACUCUCGUCGUCUUACCGCAAUGUUGGCUGCCAGCGAUGAGAAUAACUAUAGACGUGCACUAGAUACAUGGAACUCAUUUGAUUCAUCAAUUAAACAAGCGGUUGAUAAGGUCAAUGUUCAUGGAUACGAGCUGACCAAAGGACCGAGAUCAGAACUCUACGAAGCAGUAAACUCACAAGGAAAAGUAUUGUGGAACUCUGAAUAUGGAGAAGGUGAUAUCACUGGUCUUUCGUUGGCUACUAAUUUACUACUUGAUUUGGCACAACUGCAUCCAACCGCUUGGGUAUAUUGGCAAGUUCUGGAUAUUAGUGGAUGGGGUAUGAUUGAAGCAGAUGAGAAUGCCAAUCCUCCAAGCAUUGGUGCCGUUGCCACCAAAUACUAUGUGCUAGCUCAAUUCUCGCGUCACAUUCGUCAUGGUAUGACAAUCAUCCAAUCGAGUGACGGUAAUUCCGUUGCUGCCUUUGACUCUGUGAACAACAAGUUGGUAAUUGUCUCUGCCAACAUUGCAUCCUCUGCUCAGACCAUCACUUUUAAUCUAUCCAAGUUUACCACCGUCAAUGGAGGCUAUGGUGGUAUAGUUCCGCGUUGGGCAACAGAGACCAAUGGCAAUGGUGAUUUAUACAGUUAUCAUGAAGAUACCUAUAUUCAAGACAAAAUGUUCAGUGUAACUUUUAACUCUCAAACCGUUCAAACUUUUGAAAUUGAAGGAGUUUAUUUAUAG